UAUCCCUCUGCCACAUAGCCCGCAGAGAAAGUCCGCAGGUUGCUUUUACUAUUGGGGGCAUGGAACCUCUGCGGAAGGAGGCGAAGGAUAAUCCGUCGGCUUCAGCUAAUCUUCUCUCCAAGAUUUUCUUCUGUUGGCUGAAUCCCUUGUUCAGAAUCGGGUACAAGAGGAAAUUGCAGGAAGAUGACAUGUAUGAAGUUCUUCCGGAGGAUGCCUCAGAUAGACUCGGGGAGGAGCUACAAUGGUAUUGGAACAGAGAGGUUCAACAGGCAGCAAAAGAUCUGCGCCCGCCCAGACUUACCAAAGUUCUUGUUCAGUGCUAUUGGAGAUCGUACUCACUCAUUGGAAUAUAUAUCUUUGUAGAGGAAGUUAUCAAAGUAAUUCAGCCGGUGCUACUUGGAAAAAUCAUUGAGUACUUUGAGAGUUAUGACCCCACCAACACAGCUGCAGUCUAUGAAGCCUACAGUUACGCGGCAGGCAUCUCCCUGUCAACCAUUUGCCUGGCCAUCCUUCAUCAUCUCUAUUUCUACCAUGUCCAGCGAACAGGCAUGAAGAUUCGCGUGGCCAUGUGCCACAUGAUCUAUCGCAAGGCUCUUUGUCUUAACAGCAAAGCAUUGGCCAAAACUACCACAGGACAAAUUGUAAACCUCUUGUCUAAUGAUGUCAACAAAUUUGAUGAGGUAACCUUAUAUUUGCACUUUUUGUGGAUUGGUCCUCUACAAGCAGCAACUGUGAUAUUGUUGUUAAUGUAUGCGAUUGGCCCAUCAUGCCUUGCGGGAAUGGCAGUCUUCUUCAUCCUGAUGCCAGUACAGACCAUGUUCGGACGCUUGUUCUCUAGUCUCAGGGCUGAAACAGCUGUCUUAACAGAUGAUAGAAUACGCACAAUGAAUGAAGUCAUCACUGGGAUCCGUGUUAUAAAGAUGUAUGGGUGGGAGAAGCCUUUCGCUGCUUUGGUGGAUGAGGUCAGAAGAAUGGAAAUCUCCAAGAUCUUGAAAAGCUCCUACCUGCGUGGCCUGAACAUGGCAUCUUUCUUUGUGGCCAGCAAGAUCAUCAUCUUCAUCACCGUCUGUGUCUACGUACUGACAGGAAACACGUUGACUGCUAGCAGAGUGUUUAUGGCUGUUUCCCUCUACGGGGCGGUCAGACUCACCAUCACGCUCUUUUUUCCCUUUGCCAUAGAGAAGGUCUCUGAGACUCUCAUCAGCAUAAGAAGGAUUAAAAAUUUUCUUCUGCUGGAUGAAGUUGCUCCUGAGCAUCAAGGCCUUCCUGUGGCAGAGAAGAAGGACUGUAUGGUGACGAUUCAGGAUUUAAUAUGCUACUGGGAUAAGAUGCUAGAGGCUCCAACUUUACAGAACGUGUCUUUCACAGUGAGGCCAGAGCAGCUCCUGGCAGUAAUUGGACCUGUUGGGGCUGGAAAGUCCUCACUCCUCAGUGCCAUCCUGGGAGAACUGAGUCAGGAAAGUGGUGUGGUCAAGGUCAAAGGAGAGCUGACAUACACUUCUCAGCAGCCCUGGAUUUUACCUGGUACGAUUCGAAGCAACAUCCUUUUUGGAAAAGAGCUCAACCCCCAGAAGUACGACCGAGUUUUGAGAGCCUGUGCCCUCAAGAGAGACAUGGACCUGUUGCCAGGUGGUGACUUGGCAAUGGUUGGCGACAGAGGGGCCAACCUCAGUGGAGGACAGAAGGCAAGGGUCAGCUUAGCAAGAGCAGUGUAUCAGGAUGCAGAUAUCUACUUGCUGGAUGACCCACUCAGUGCUGUGGAUGCUGAGGUGGGAAGGCACCUCUUUGAAGAGUGCAUUUGUGGACUUUUGAGAAAGAAGCCUCGUAUCCUGGUUACUCAUCAACUACAGUAUCUGAAGGCUGCAGAUCAAAUUAUUGUCUUAAAGGAGGGUCAGAUGGUGGCAUGUGGGACCCACAGUGAGUUGCAGGGCUCUGGACUAGACUUCACCUCCCUGCUUAAGGAGGAGGAGGGCCAGGAGGAGGAGAGGCAGGGCACGGUCUCCCGCUGCCCCCAUACACUCUCUGACAACUCAAUGUCCUCUGUGUCCUCCCUCUCCUCCUCUCGGUACUCUUUGUUUGAGGGAGCAGAGCCACUUGCAGUGGAAAAAGGCUUGUUGUGCAUUCUACCAGCCACUAGAGGGCAGAAGGUAGUGCAACCAACGGAGGAGGAAAGCCGCUCGGAAGGAAACGUCGGCCUGUGUAUGUAUGUGAAGUAUUUCAGGGCAGGCGCCAACUUCCUGAUCCUCUUGGUCCUCAUUUUACUCAAUGCCCUAGCACAUAUUACAUUUGUUCUGCAGGACUGGUGGCUUGCUUGCUGGGCCUCUGAACAGAAGCACAUCAAUGUGACAGAGCACCUCAAUGGCAGCUUCCCUCGGCAGCUGGACCUUGACCUGUACCUAGGUGUUUACGCAGGUUUAACAGCCACUUCAGUAGUGUUUGGCUUCCUUCGCACCUUGGUCUUCUUUAACGUCCUGGUGAGCUCGGCCCAAACCCUACACAACAGCAUGUUUAAUGCCAUCCUCCGGACCCCGGUACACUUUUUCGAUAUCAAUCCAGUUGGAAGAAUCCUCAACAGGUUUUCGAAGGACAUCAGUUACCUGGACUCUCUGCUCCCAUGGACGUUUGUGGACUUUAUCCAGGUAUUUCUUCAAGUCAUUGGAGUGAUUGCAGUAGCUGCCGUCAUCAUCCCCUGGAUCCUUAUUCCUGUUGUUCCCCUUCUUGCUGUCUUCCUGUGUCUGCGAUGCUACUUCCUGCAGACCUCCAGGGACAUCAAGCGCCUAGAGUCUACCACUCGGAGUCCCGUAUUCUCCCACCUUUCUUCCUCUCUCCAAGGCCUGAGCACCAUCCGUGCCUUCAAGGUUCAGCAGAGGUUUCAACAAAUGUUUGAUGAAUAUCAAGAUCUUCAUUCAGAGGCCUGGUUCUUAUUCCUGACCACUUCUCGCUGGUUUGCUGUGCGUCUUGAUGGAAUUUGCUCAGUUUUUGUCACCAUUACUGCUUUUGGCUGCCUUUACCUCAGAGAUGGACUGGAACCAGGUGCAGUGGGUCUGGCUCUAUCUUAUGCUGUGACACUUACAGGCAUGUUCCAGUGGGGCGUCAGACAGAGUGCAGAGAUCGAGAACAUGAUGACAUCAGUGGAGAGAGUGGUUGAGUAUGCAGAGCUGGAGAGUGAAGCACCCUGGGAGACGGACAAGCAGCCUCCGCAUGAUUGGCCCAAGACAGGCUCCAUCACCUUUGACAGAGUCAACUUCUCUUACAGUGCCAGUGAGCGUUUGGUCCUAAAGAACCUGACUGCUGUCUUCACAUCCAGAGAAAAGGUUGGCAUCGUUGGACGCACUGGUGCUGGUAAAAGCUCCCUGAUCUCAGCCUUGUUCCGGCUGGCAGAACCUGAGGGAAGAAUAAUGAUUGAUGGUUUUCUGACUUCUGAGAUUGGUCUGCACACCCUGCGCCAGAAAAUGUCCAUCAUCCCACAGGACCCAGUUCUCUUCACAGGCUCCAUGAGGAAGAAUCUGGACCCUUUCAGGCAGCACACAGAUGAGGACCUGUGGAAUGCACUCCAAGAGGUGCAGAUGAAGGCUGUGGUGGAGGACCUGCCCAAUAAGCUGGAGACGGUGCUGACUGAGUCAGGCUCUAACUUCAGCAUGGGCCAGAGGCAGCUGGUGUGUCUGGCCAGGGCCAUCCUCCGGAAAAACCGCAUCCUUGUCAUUGAUGAGGCAACAGCCAAUGUGGACCCAAGAACUGACAGCCUCAUCCAGCAGACUAUCCGGGACAAGUUUCAAGAGUGUACAGUCCUCACCAUUGCUCACAGGCUCAACACUAUCAUUGACUGUGACAGAAUACUGGUUCUGGCUGCUGGCAGGAUCCAGGAGUAUGACCAGCCAUAUGUGCUGCUCCAGAACCAGGAUGGGCUCUUUUACCAGAUGGUCCAACAGACAGGCAGAGCUGAGGCCGCCUCACUGCUGCACACAGCCAAACAGGUUUACAUGAACAAAAAGCGAGUGACAGACGUGCGCUGUGCCAAGGACAUCUGUGUCAUCUUUGAGACGUCUCUUUGACAGUAUGGAGAGUCACUGUGGCCCCUGCACUUGACAUCACUGACCAAAUCUUUUACCAGAUAUACUUAGAUUCCUUACUGUGUAUUAAAAUGUCUUUAGACUCCCAGCAGGCCCCGAAUGUAGUAUGUGCUGCAUUGGAUUGACAUAGUCCUUUGAUCUGGAACAGAAAAGAGGCAAGUAUCUGAGGCAGGAUGUGCCUUUAUUGACAGCAUAUUACUGCAUGGCUGUUUAUUGAUUACACCCUGCUAUGUUUAUGUAUGUGUGUUCUGGCCUCUUGGGUAGCUUCAAUCCUGCACUGGUGCUCGGAUGUGUUAAUCCUGGUGCAAUAAAUUAUUGGGGGCUUAAAUUAUUCUCUUAAGGCAAACAUUGUUUUGUAGGACUGUGGUCUUUUUAUUAUUUGGAAAAUGCUUGAAAAGACAAGGAGAACCUGAGAGCAGACACCAAUGCUUUCAGUAAUUAUCGUGCCUUAAUCAAACUAUUGAUUUUUUAGUAAUUGCACUGUUUUAACUGAGUAGUCUUCCAGCACUUUGGAUAGUGGUUUUAUGUCUACCUCAGCUCUUGUCAGGAAAGAACAGUAAAGUCUAAAUGUAACAUGUCAUGUACCGACAAUGACUAACACCAAGAAACACGGGACAGAAGUUUUAAGUUUAUUGCCUCUGAAAAUUUUCUCCAGGGUAAUAUCAACUUUCUUUCUUUACUCUUUUCAUAAAUGGGCUGUUCUUGUUUUUUUUAAAAAAAAGAACUUUUUACAAUAAUAUGAAAUUUAGUAUGACUAAUCAGAGCUAUGUAUUUAUUUACACCGUUUGUUUUCUAUAUUUUUUGUGUGUUUAAUGUGUUUUGCUAAAGGUAAUAUUUCAUAGAGUUUGCACUUUGUAGUUGUUUAGACAUAAAAAAGUGAUACAAACGAUCACUUAUAAUUUACAGCAAAUGAAAUUCAAAUUACAUAUAAUAAAACAGUAUUGCUUAAAUGUUUCAGUACUGUCUUUAUUUUGCGUUUACAACAUUGUCUUGUCUCAUAUUACACUGACUCACUAACCAUUUCCUCCUGCUGUUGUUCAUCCUAUAUUCAGAUGUCUGAAUGGUGUGUUUGCUUCAGGUCAGUGGUUACAACUGGUCUUGACCAAGAUGCUACAAAUUGGCAAAUCAAAGUGUGAAAAGUCUCUCCUGAAGCAAUAUCUCCAUCAUCAGGCUGGGUCAAGAAUGUUUAUGAAGGCUGUGUGCCAUAUUACCUGUAAUCUCCGGAGUAUGAACUGCUGUAUUUCUUACUUCUCUAUGCUCCCAGGAGGGAAAAAAUGCCAAAAUUAUCUUGCAUUGCACCUUUUGCGCAACACCUCAACGUGGCAAAUCAAAGCCUCAAAACCGUACAUGUCGCUGUGCCCAAGGUCACCGAGAGAAAUGAGAAAUCUGUGUGUACUGUACAGUCCAUCCCUAUAAACAUGCCACACAGCCUCUGAAGUCUGACUCUGCUUUUAAGAAGUCCAAGUUUGUUUAAUAGUACAUAAUGCAAGAAGUCGAUGGACCCCUGCUGGAGUUCAGAGAGGGAACGCUUGAAUUAGGUUUGGGUGGGGGGUAGUUGAGGUAAUCAUGAGUUUUGCAGGUGAGACGAGUGAGCUGCCCUCAUAGUGUCUACCAGAUCGUCCGGCAUUAACAUUAGCAACAAUAUCACAGCUCCACAAUUAUUUAUCAUUAUAUGUUAAAUGCAUUUUAAGACACUUCUUAUAUAAGUACAAUAUUUCUUUAAUUGUUAUACCCUGACUGUAGCUGAUGAAAUCAUACUUUGAUACAUCCCUGUGUGGAAACACAGUACUAGCCACACUGCUGAUGUGCCCUUCGUAACAGCUAAAAAAAAAACAUACAUAGCAUUGCUUUAUCUGCUUAAUAUUCAGAUUUUUUCUUAAUUUUAUGAGAUUUUCUUUUUGAGAUGCCGUGUUUCAGAAGUCAACUAGUGAAAAUUACACGUUCGUUUUUCUCUUUGGGGUCUCAGGGACCACAGCUGUAAAACAUGAUUAAAUAAAAUGGAUUUCAUAUAUUUCA